AUGAUGCAGGCAACGAUGGGACAAAAACAAGGCGUUGAAUCUAGAGUCGAAGAUAUGAUCAUCACGGGGCCGUCACCGUUCGAUUUCUUGCCGGAGGAUUGCAUCUCUAAAAUAAUCUCCUUCACAAGUCCACGUGACGCCUGCGUCGCCGCUUCGGUUUCAAAAACCUUUGAAUCGGCGGUUAAGUCAGAUACCGUGUGGGAGAAGUUUCUCCCGUCAGAAUAUUCCUCUCUGAUCCCACGAUCGAGAGCUUUCUUGUCCAAGAAGGAACUCUAUUUCUCUCUCUGCAAUGAUCCUGUUUUAAUCGAAGAGGGAAAAAAGAGCUUCUGGUUAGAGAAAGGAAGUGGAAAAAGAUGUAUUAUGUUAUCUUCGAAGGAAGUGUGGAUCACAUGGGGAAGUAGUCCACAAUAUUGGCGAUGGGUUUCAGUUCCUGAAUCUAGGUUUGAGAAAAUAGCAGAGCUACUCAACGUAUGUUGGUUUGAGAUUCGUGCUGGGAUGCAUACUCGUUACCUAUCUCCAAGAACUCGUUACUCGGUUUACAUUGUGUUCAAGACAGAGGACGGAUGUCCUGGAUUGGGUGAUAUCCCGGUAGAAGCUGGAGUUGGGUUGGUUGGACAAGAAUCUUCUCAAAAGUUGAUAUACUUUGUUGGGCCUAGUGGUCGAAGGAGGGAGAGAGAAAGGAGAGAUGUGACUAGACCAAAGGAGAGGGAAGAUGGUUGGAUGGAAGCUGAGCUUGGUGAGCUGUAUAAUGAAUCAUGUUGUGAGGAUAUCUCGGUUAGUGUUGUUGAGAUCAAGUCUCCUUAUUGGAAACGUGGUUUGAUCAUUCAAGGAUUUGAAUUUCGCCCCGCGAAAACUCAGUAA